AUGACAAAGGCUAAUGUGUCUCUCCCAAGAAUAAUCAAGUGGGAUGAAGUUUCCCUUCCUGAAAAGUGGGUCCUAGACAAAGCUUUGCCUUGUGUCCCUAAGCCUGCUCCUCAAAUCGAAAAUAUUUCUCAAGAUAAUUUUAGGAAAGUUGAAAUAACUUUUGAUAGGAGAAACUCCUUCUCUUCUAGAGUUGAUGCUUAUAGCAGUCGUUCUAGUUUUGCUUAUGCUAGGAGGUCAUUCUCUUACAGAUCCCAAGCUUCUAGGUCUGAAAUACCCAGAUCCAUUAAUCAUGAUCCUUCCAUAAAUCUACAGGACUACCCUUGGCAAGAGGACAUUAUUAGUACUUCCUCUGCUAAUGUUAUAUCUUGGCAGAUUAAAGAUGGACAAAUCGUUCAAAGUGAGCUGCCACCCACAACUCAAUAUCAGCUUCCAAACCUGAAAGACAAAAGCGAGUCUUCUCUUGAAGUAAAGUGCAUAGAGAGGGAGAAACAUGCACUCCUCAACUUCAAACGAGGCCUCCGUGAUCCUUCUGGCAUUCUCUCUACAUGGAAAGAUGAUGAUUCCAAUGGAGACUGUUGCAUAUGGAAAGGCAUUGAAUGCAACAACGAAACAGGUCAUGUUCACACGCUUAAUAUUCAUGGUCAUGAUACACAGUACUUGACAGAAAUAAUCGACUCCUUUACCAAAUUAAGAUAUCUUAACCUCUCAGAGUCUGGAGUUAGUGGAAGGAUACCUUAUCAACUGGGAAAUCUCUCAGAGUUAGAAUAUCUAGAUCUAAGUGACAAUCAUUUUGAUGGAGAAAUCCAUAUCAGUUUUCAAAAUCUUUCACUAUUGCAAUAUCUUGAUCUUAAAAAAAUUUAUCUUGUUGGAGCAAUCCCUUCUCAACUAGGGAAGCUCUCAAGUUUGAGAUAUCUAGAUCUAAGUGACAAUUAUUUUGAUGGAGAAAUCCCACAUGACUUUCAAAAUCUCUCACUGUUGCAAUAUCUUGAUCUUAAAGAAAAUUCUCUUGUUGGAACAAUCCCUUUCCAAGUUGGUAAUCUUCCAGUCCUGCAUACUCUUAGACUUUCUGGCAAUUUUGAUCUUAAAAUUAAUGCUGCAGAGUGGUUGUCUAGUCUCUCUUUUUUAACAACUCUUGACCUGAGUUCAUUGCCUAAUCUUGGUUCCUCUGAUCACUGGCUACAAACGAUGAGUAAGCUCAUUCCAAACCUGAGAGUUGAGGCUAUCUGA